UCAAAUGAAUUCUUCGAUCUGCAGCUGCCGGGCAUCUCUUCCAACAAGUUCGGCUUUUCAGUCAAGUCUGAAAAUUCCGGUACCGGAUUCGGGCGAAGAAGAGCGAAGAGAUCCGAACCCGUUAAUGACGACGAUGAGCGAUGGAAAAGGUGGUAGUUUCCGGUGGGAGAUGAGGCCCGGUGGGCUGCUCGUUCAGAUGCGAAGCGCUGAUCCCGAGGCAGCAUCGUCGCCGCACGUGCGCGUCAGAGUCACGUGCGGCUCUUCCCGUUAUGAGUUCUCCGUUGCCCCUAACGCCACCACUUUCGGUGAUUUGAAGAAACUUUUGGCCACGGAGACCGGGUUGCAGCCAGCCGAGCAAAGGCUGUUGUACAAAGGGAAGGAGAGAAUGAACAGUGAGUUCUUGGAUGCAUGUGGAGUGAAGGACCGAUCGAAACUCGUGCUCACCGAGGAUCCAUCGAGCUUGGAAAGACGAUACAUUGCUAUGCGAAAGAAUGCUCGCAUCCAAAGCGCGCACCGUGCCAUCUUCACCGUAUCAAUGGAGCUCGACAAGUUGGCUGAUCAGGUUUCGGCAAUUGAGAAAUCGAUCUCAAGUGGGAAUAAAAUGCCGGAAAUUCAGGUUACGACAUUGAUAGAGUUGCUCAUGAGACAAGCAGUCAAGCUUGAUUGCAUUGCAACAGAAGGAGAGACUUCUUUGCAGAAAAAUGUUCAGGCUAAGAGAGUCCAAAACUAUGUUGAAACUUUAGAUGUGCUCAAAAUCAGAAACUCAAGAUUACAGUCCUUUGUUGUAACAUCAAAUUGGGAAAUUUUCAACUAAAACUUAUUUUCUUUUUCCAUUUCAAUCUUAUGUGUUCUAAAGCUUCCAAACAGUGAGUUAUAUUCAUAUCUAUAACUCUUGUAAAUUAUAUAUCAUUUCAGUAUAAAUUCUAUGCUUUCAUUUUUUUUU